AUAGUUACACGCUUUGCAAACCAGCAUCACCUUGUUUAAUUCACACUUAUAUUCUAAACAUGCCGACAAAGAGAGUCCGUCAAAACGACUGUGCGCAGCCGGUUACCGCAAAGCGGCAGAAGCGACAGAUGAACGCUUCUCAGCCAACAAACACAAAGAGAAAGGCAGCCGCGGCCUCCAAGCAGGCACCGUCAGGCAAGAGAGCAAGGAAAAACGCGGAUACUGCUGCCAACGCCGCGCAGCUGCAAAACAACAGAAAACGCGUGUACAAGAAGAAAGCAGCCCCGCGCCAGAACAAAGCCCAGCCUGUGCCUAUUACGCCGUCUGAUAGCAGCAACACAAAAGAAGGCAGUCCAGCUGGUGACGAGCAGGCCGACACAGCACCCGGCCCUUGUCCCAGCAACGGCCACGUUGAUACCAAGCCCAGCUCGUCGGAAAGACAAAAGAUGUUUGAGCGUAUGGAGCCGGCUAUGCGCGAGUUAAAGCGACACCUCAGCGGACCACAUCCCAGCGUCGUCGAACUGGCAGCACCAGUGGCUGCAGAAUACAAGCAGAGGGCGGCCACGGUUGCUGAUAUUGUUUACCGGGCCAUGGAGCAGCUUUCAUCUGGCUCCAAGCACACGCUGGGUGGCGACUUGGCUAUUAUGGAAGAGCUCAUCAACGCCGACUCGGUCUGGCCCGUUAGGCUAGCUCGCUCGAACUACGCCGCCAUUGAUUAUUUGGCGAGCAGGCUCAGGCAGGACUACGAUGCGCUUUCCAGGUGGACAGGCGCACACACACCUAGCGACCACAACGGAAGCAGCAGCAGCAGUGGCGACGUAAGCAAGGGUGCCGAGUCAUUUACCUCGUUUGUAUCUCGUAUUAUUCAGGGGCUGCAUCAGCAUGCCAAAGGAGAGCAAGGACGCCCCGAGCCACGCCGGGUGCUCAUUCCGUCCACUGCGCCAGUCAGCACUACAGAUACUGGGAAGAGUGCACCCACCAGACCACUGGUCGGAUUGGCUUGGGAAUCGACUCUACGCUGGCCACUGUCGCUACGACCGACAGCUCCGAGGCAACGUUGGACGGCAAUAUAGACGCAAUCGACAACAACGACGAGUGGUACGCCGGUCUGUUUGCCGCCAUCGAGGUCGGGCAAGGCUUGUCGUCGGGUGACGUGGACGAUGCCGCGUUGCAGCUGUCUAAGCACUG